AGACUGAAAUUUAGUUAUGUACUAAAAAUCAUUGCAGCUCUCAUGUUUCAGCUUCUGAAUAUCACACAGGUGUUCAUCUGGACUAGUGUUUUGAUGCUUCACGGUGUUUUUUAAAAAAAUCAUUUUUAGAGCAUCCAACCCAUCCACGCUGAUUCCACGGAAAAGAGCGUCAUGAACUUUCUGCUAAACUUCUCCUUCUGUGUUUGAAACACUAACAUCACGCUCUCAUCUUCGGGUGAUUUCACCAUUUAAAAGCAGCAGUGUGCACAAACUGUGAGCGUUAUGAGUUUCUAAGCAGGUGAGCGUGUGUUUGCGAUCAGCGAGCGUCUGUCGGUUUGUGGCGAGCGCAUGAAUGCUGGCUUUGUGCGGCGCUGCGCCUCUCUGUGCAAAUGUGGGUUAUUGCCUGGUAACAAUUUAACCAGCGCUCUGUUAAACGGCCCUUUUCCAGAUGAACUUACAGUAACAUACACUCGUUUAUCGAAGCUGUGGAGUGUUUGUGUUAAUCGGUCGGGCAGCUGCGUGCCAUGGAAGCGUUCGGUGAGCAUUCUUUCCCUUUCCUCGUCCUUUACGCUGUUGUUGUGCAAGCUGACCGAAAGGCUCUGGCUCGCUGACGGUGUUUGAAACUCCUGGCUCUCACUCACUGUUUGGUUGGAGUUCAUUCCUUCAUGUUUCACAAUAGGAUCUGUGAUGUUUCUGUUGCCACAGACUUGGCCGACCUCGUAAACGGCCCGCGGCCGCGCUUCUCCUGCUGGUUUAGUUUGGUUUGGCCCGAAGCGUGAGGAGCGUCAGCUCACAUGACCCUCGAGGACGCCGUGCUGAAUGGAGAGCUGCGGUUCUGCCCUUUUCUGGAGGGGUUUUCUAUUCACGCUUUUGCUUUUGAGAAGAGUUAUGUUCAGAGUGAGUUGACGGCUGUGUGAUCUCUGGGAAUGUGUGUAACGUUAGCGCUCGUGGGUGUGUUCAGCAGCAGAAAGUUCACCCAGAACACACUCGGAAAGGACCGUGUUCCCUGCACGUAAAGCUCCCUGUUUUCAUAGUGAUAAACUUUCCCGGAUCUCUGGGUCUUUCCCACACCGCCGGUGCUGUGAAAAAAGCUUCAUUUUGUGAUGGUCUCGUCAUGUUUUUGGGGCUGUGUUUCUCUCUGAAGCUCCGUCACUAUAAUUUGCACCAGAGGAAAGUCAUUAACGUGUCAGAAACAGGUCGUCUGCACGAGAACGAUGCCUGCGGCUCGCAUACUUUCAGAGAGGAAUCUGACGGGGUUUUCUCAUGUGAAUUCUGUCACACUAAUCCUAUAAAAAGAAAAGUCCUAAAAAUGGAAUAAAUUUGAACAAAUAAAAGUCAGAUUCCCGUCUGUAUGAGAGAGACAUUGCUGUGUUUUGCACCAUUAAAAUGUACACAGGUGUUUCUCAGAGGAUGACGUGUAGGACUCGUGAAAGCGCCGCAGGUUUGGUGAGUGGAUGAUGACAGGAGCUCCUUCAGUCUGAUGUCUGUGGCUCGGAGGAAGUGUGGCGCUCCGCUGAUUGCUCUCUGAACGUCGAGUCACGUAUCCGCCGGCUGAAGUCAGUCUCGCCCUUCAGAUAGAGCUUAUCGCUGUCCGAGCGUCCCGCUGAAGAGCGAUUGGUACUGAUGUGGGAGUGAUCGGAUCGGAUCGGAUCAGCGCUGCACUCCAAUGAUGAGCUUCACUAGAACUGUCCUGCACUGGAAUGGUCUGUGGCAAACAUGUGUGUUGCCAUGGUGAUUAUUCACACUAAAACACUGGAAAAGAAGGCCGUUGAUGAUGUAGCAUCCACAGAGUCUCUGCAGCUGCAUGAGUCGCCGACCAUGAGCCAAGGGACGGCCCUCUUCUCCUUUGGAAUCAUGGAGUCUGGACGCUGGCCGGAGGUCGGUGGAGUGUGUGGCGUCCAACAGCGGCCGGUGGGCUCUAGUCUGGAGAGUCUGUGGGACAGCAUGCGAGAGACGUGCUCCGCUCGUGAGGCGGGUGCCGCCGGUGGCAUCAGCGGCCUGCUGCGUGACCUCAGUCUGAGCGAAGCGCCCUCUCCUGGCAGCGCCGCACCACCCAGUAAACGCCAGUGCCGCUCGCUGUCCUGCUCCGAUGAGCUCGGCUGUCGCUCCUCGUGGCGGCCGCAGGGAUCACGCGUGUGGACGUCCGUGGAGAAGCGCCGCUGCCACAGUGGAGGAAGCGUACAGCGCGGUGCCUUUGCUCCGUCUGGGUUUCCCGCCAUGCAGCGCAGCUCCAGCUUCAGCCUGCCGACACGCAUCAAUCCGCCGGAGACCUUCAGCCACGGCUUCCCUUUCGCCGCCUUCUCCGCGUCCCCACAGACGCCGCAGGCUCUCUACCUCUCACACGAGCAGAUCUGCCCCACCGAGUUCAGCUCGCCCGACUCCACGCCGGAGCUGGAGCGCCGCCACAGUCAGGGACUCGCCCGCAGCCGGUCACAGCCCUGCGUCCACAACGACAAGAAGACCGGCGUGAAGCGGAGGAGACCGGCGGACUCUCACAAACACAGGCCUUCACUGGACCUGCUCAAGAUGACACAGAAGCUGCAGGACUUUCACAGUCUCAGCUGUCCAGGAUUCGCUGGAGACGAGCAGACGCUCCACGACGAGGGAGACGUCACGCCCGACCGACACCAGACCAAAGAGGACACCGUCAUCCACCAAUCAGAGGCCAGCUGGCCGGCGGGGCGGAGCGGCGGGAAGGAGCGUGAGUGUCUGUGGGCGGGGCUCUGCAGCCGGAGGGGGCGGGACUCAUUCCAGCUGGGCGGAGAACUGGACAUCGAGCAGAUUGAGAGGAACUGAGGUGAUUCCCAGCAUUCCCGUUGGAUUAUUAUGGACAAGCGCUUCAGUAAGUGGACGUGGGACACAUGUAAUCGACUCAGGGUGAAGCACACGGAGGACGUCACGUCAUCAGAACGAGCUCUGUGUGCCGCGUGAGAACACGCAUGCGUUUAGAUGAGCAGGAGCCGACGUGAAAAACACUCGUGCUCUGACUUUUACACA